AACCAUGGGUGAAAGUAAUGUUAAUACCUUGCGGGAGUUGCGACGUAAAUACUAUACCUAUUCUGAUCCUUUGAUAUAUUCUUCGUUGACUAGCGCUCUGUCAGUGAAUUUGCAUAAUCAGCAUGAAAUUAAAUGCAGAAAUUUUGAGUUUCAUUUAGCCGAAUGUAUCGAAGCAUAUGGAUUUUAUAAAGGAAUAGAGAAAUGCGAACCAGUACUUCGUGAUUUUUACGAAUGCAUGACCCAAGACAAACGCAGGAGUAGAUUUGAAAUAUUAUGUGGAGAAUUUCAUCGUCAGGUCAAAGCUGGAGAAAGAAAUUAUGAGAAAGUACCAUUUAUUGCUUUCUUUUAGAAUUUAUGUUAAAAUGUGAAUAUGUAUAUGUAAACGUCAACAGCAACUUAGGUAGUCAACAGAACAUCGAAUAAGUGAAAUGUUUGUUCAACAUCAAACUGGAUAAAUGAUUAAUAAUAACAAAUUAGAAGGAAGUAUAA